GAUUUCGGCCGAGUGCGCCUGCGCAUAAGAGUAGCGGCGUUGAGUCAGGCAGUCAGUGGAGAAAACUGCGGUAGCGACCCUCAGACCUCGCCAUGAAGACUCGCUUUAGCACCAUUGAUCUCCGCGCGGUACUCGCGGAGCUGAAUGCCAGCUUAAUAGGAAUGAGAGUAAACAAUGUUUAUGAUGUGGAUAAUAAGACCUAUCUUAUUCGUCUUCAAAAACCAGACUUCAAAGCUACACUUUUACUUGAAUCUGGCAUACGAAUUCACACAACAGAAUUUGAGUGGCCUAAGAAUAUGAUGCCAUCUAGUUUUGCCAUGAAGUGUCGAAAACAUUUGAAGAGUCGGCGUUUGGUCAGUGCAAAACAACUUGGUGUGGAUAGAAUUGUAGACUUUCAAUUUGGAAGUGAUGAAGCUGCUUAUCACUUAAUCAUUGAGCUCUAUGAUAGGGGAAACAUUGUUCUUACAGAUUAUGAGUACCUAAUUUUGAAUAUCCUGAGAUUUCGAACUGAUGAGUCAGAUGAUGUUAAAUUUGCUGUUCGUGAACGCUAUCCAGUUGAUCAUGCUAGAGCUGCUGAGCCUUUGCUUACCUUGGAAAGAUUGACUGAAAUAAUAGCCAGUGCACCUAAGGGUGAACUACUGAAGAGAGUUCUUAACCCAUUACUUCCCUAUGGACCAGCUCUCAUUGAACACUGUCUUAUAGAAAAUGGAUUCUCUGGCAAUGUCAAAGUGGAUGAAAAAUUUGAAAGCAAAGAUAUUGAAAAAAUACUUGUUUGUCUGCAGCAAGCAGAAGACUACAUGAAAACAACGUCCAACUUCAGUGGAAAGGGGUACAUCAUUCAGAAAAGAGAAAUAAAACCAAGCUUGGAAGUAGAUAAACCGACUGAAGACAUAUUCACGUAUGAGGAAUUUCAUCCUUUCUUGUUUUCUCAACAUUCACAAUGUCCAUAUAUAGAAUUUGAAUCAUUUGACAAGGCUGUGGAUGAAUUUUAUUCCAAGAUAGAAGGUCAGAAAAUAGAUUUAAAAGCUUUACAACAGGAAAAACAAGCAUUGAAGAAAUUAGAUAACGUCCGAAAGGAUCAUGAAAACCGAUUAGAAGCUCUUCAGCAGGCUCAGGAAAUAGACAAACUUAAAGGAGAGCUCAUAGAAAUGAACCUACAAAUAGUUGACAGAGCCAUUCAGGUUGUUCGAAGUGCUUUAGCCAACCAGAUAGAUUGGACAGAAAUUGGGUUAAUUGUGAAAGAAGCCCAAGCUCAAGGAGACCCAGUUGCAAAUGCAAUUAAAGAAUUAAAACUACAAACAAAUCAUGUUACAAUGCUACUAAGAAAUCCAUACUUAUUAUCAGAGGAGGAAGAUGACGAUGUUGAUGGUGACAUCAGUGUUGAAAAAAAUGAAACUGAACCACCAAAAGGAAAAAAGAAAAAGCAGAAGAAUAAACAGCUGCAGAAGCCUCAGAAAAAUAGGCCAUUACUUGUUGAUGUUGAUCUCAGCUUGUCAGCAUAUGCCAAUGCCAAAAAAUACUAUGAUCACAAGAGGUAUGCUGCUAAGAAAACACAAAAGACCGUUGAAGCUGCUGAAAAGGCAUUCAAAUCAGCAGAAAAGAAAACAAAGCAAACCUUAAAAGAAGUCCAGACAGUUACCUCUAUUCAGAAAGCAAGAAAAGUGUACUGGUUUGAGAAAUUUCUGUGGUUCAUUAGCUCAGAGAACUAUCUAAUUAUAGGUGGACGAGAUCAGCAACAGAAUGAAAUAAUUGUGAAAAGAUACUUGACAACAGGGGACAUUUAUGUACAUGCUGAUCUUCAUGGAGCUACUAGCUGUGUAAUUAAGAAUCCAACAGGAGAACCAAUUCCCCCUCGGACCUUGACUGAAGCAGGCACAAUGGCACUUUGCUACAGCGCUGCUUGGGAUGCACGAGUGAUCACUAGUGCUUGGUGGGUGUACCAUCAUCAGGUGUCUAAAACAGCACCAACUGGAGAAUAUUUGACAACAGGAAGCUUCAUGAUAAGAGGAAAAAAGAAUUUCCUUCCUCCCUCAUAUCUAAUGAUGGGGUUUAGUUUCCUCUUUAAGGUAGAUGAGUCUUGUGUUUGGAGACAUCGAGGUGAACGAAAAGUCAGAGUGCAGGAUGAAGACAUGGAAACACUGGCAAGUUGUGCAAGUGAACUCAUAUCAGAAGACAUGGAUCAACUAGAUGGAGGUGACAGUAGCAGUGAAGAAGAUAAAGAGGAAUCACACGAAACUCCUGUGGAAGUGGAACUUAUGACUCAGGGUGACCAAGAGGAUAUCACUAUUCAGAGUGGUGGGGAUGAGCUAAAUGAUGAACUGAUUCAGGAAGAAAGCUCUGAAGAUGAAGGAGAAUCUGAAGAUGUAGCAAAAGAUCAGGAACCUGUUGGUGAAAUGAAGGAUGAAGAGGAAGAGACAUUAAAUUAUCCUGAUACUACCAUUGACUUGUCCCACCUUCAAUCCCAAAGGUCCCUUCAGAAAUUGGCUUCAAAAGAUGAAUCUUCUAAUAUGAGUGACAGUAAGUUACAGAGUCGGAGACAUUUGUCAGCCAAGGAAAGAAGGGAAAUGAAGAAGAAAAAGCUUCCAAGUGACUCAGGGGAUUUAGAAGUGAUAGAGGUAAAGGACAAAGAAAAAGAAAAUACUCUACACAUUGAAGCUCAUCAGAACACAAGCAAAAGUGUCCCAGCUGUGCAGCCAAUGAAACGAGGACAGAAGAGUAAAAUGAAAAAAAUGAAGGAAAAAUACAAAGACCAAGAUGAAGAAGAGCGUGAACUCAUCAUGAAAUUGCUGGGGUCUGCAGGUUCAAACAAAGAAGAAAAAGGGAAGAAGGGGAAGAAAGGAAAAACAAAGGAUGAACCUGUGAAGAAACAGCCCCAGAAACCUAGAGGUGGACCAAGGGCUUCAGACAGCAUAAAGAAAGAAACUCCAUCCCUUGAGGUUGCAACUCAUGAGUUACAGGACUUGACCAUAGAUGAUCCACAUGAUGAUAAGGAAGAGCAAGAUCUGGAUCCACAGGGUAAUGAGGAAAAUCUCUUUGACUCUUUGACUGGACAGCCACAUCCUGAAGAUGUAUUACUGUUUGCCAUUCCAAUAUGUGCCCCUUACACCACCAUGACAAACUAUAAAUACAAAGUGAAGCUUACUCCUGGAGUUCAGAAAAAGGGAAAAGCUGCAAAAACAGCCUUGAAUAAUUUCAUGCAUUCCAAAGAAGCAACAGCAAGAGAAAAAGACUUAUUUCGCAGUGUAAAGGACACGGAUUUAUCAAGAAACAUUCCUGGCAAAGUCAAAGUGUCUGCACCCAAUCUUCUGAAUGUAAAAAGGAAAUAGCUGAAAUGAAAUCCUAAAAUAUUUGAGAAGAGCCAAUUUUAUAGCCUUUUGGAAGUUCACAGAUGAAAACACCGUGCAACAAGACUUCUGCAUUUAAAAAAAAUGAACUAAACAUUGCCUUGCUAUAUUCGCCAAAAGGACUUUUGGGUUUUUUUCCAGUUUUUUAGAGAGGAAACACUAUGAUAGGAUUUCCUAAAAUAUUUGUGGACAGUUAAAUGCUAAUUGUAUAUAUCUGUAGUUAUCCUACAGGUUCUUGAAAUUUGGGAGGUUAAUACUAAGUUUUCAUUUCGUGUUGUAAAGAAGUCAGACAGUGAAGUGGCUCAGUUGCUUAGACUAUUGACUUGUUAGUCUGCCGUAUAGAAGAUCUAAUAUAUCUAUUCCUCACAGGCCAGUCACAAGAUUUUUUUUGUUUUGUGUUUUUCUGGUGGUAUGGUGUCAGGGGGUUAAAUAUUUAGGAUUAAGUCUUGGAAACCUUCUGCCUUUACUUAAUACUUGUCAAAAAAUAUAUUAGACCAGAUUUAAAAUACACAUAACACCUAGAAAAAAUUGGCAUUGAUCAUUUCCAUGCAUUUACACAACUUCAGUUUUCAUCCUGAUUUCUUUCUUGUACUCUUUCAGUUUUAUACCGAUUUAUUUUCUACCUCUAGUAAUUAUCAGCAUGUUACAGAUUAUCUUAACCUAGGAUAUCAUAAGUGCACUUUUAGGCUUAUCACUAAAGACUCCUGACCCAGCUCCUCUUAUCUCCCAACAGAACAGAGAACUAAGUCAUACAUCAUUCCCAUUCUUUGAUGAGCUAAAAAACUGUUAAUUAUUAAAUGAUUAGACAAUAGCUACCUACAGUCAAUAUGACCACUUGGCCCACCCCUAUACCAAAGCAUUAAUAAGGUCAAGUACUGAAUAGCUGUUGGACCUUCCAGAAUUUCUUUAACCAGCUUAGUCCUGUUGAGAAUAUUUCUUCAUUUGAAAUUAAUGUAAAAAAAAAAACAACAAAAAACCUUUGUAAUUAUAUAGCCUAGUGUUGUAAGUACAAGACUACUCUUGCCAUUAAAAAAAAAAAUACUAAUUUUAAAAAAUAACAUCACCAUUUUGAUAGUGGUAAUAAUAAUUAGUAUAAUGUUUCUAUAGCUAUAUAUCCUGAAGUUACCAAAAAGUAAAUAUAACAACCAUUCCUUGAGGUAAAAAGCCCAAGUAUUAAUUUUCUUUUGCUUUAACAGAAGACAGUUACUGGUGUUAAAUACAUUUAUUGUAAACUUUAGACACAAAAAUAGGUUCUCUAGGCCAUUCACAUGCACAUUAAAACCAAAAAGCUGCAAACUACAACAAUGCAUAUAAUUAUACAAAUGAUGCCACUCUUUGAUGUUUACAGAAUUGCUGUCCAUGCAAGGGGAUCAGAGGCAUGAUCUAUGAAGCCUUAAGAUCCAGAAGUGUUGUUACUACCAAACCUCUGGUUAACACUGUGAAGUAAGUGUUUUGGAAGGCAGUUCCAUGAGUUGGCUAACAUUUCCUUAAAGCAAAUGACUGCUUCUAAGCUUAGCCUGAAAGGGGACAAGAAAAAAAUAAUUUGAAAACUUAAGAAAAAACAGCAUGCCCCUCUCCCCCAGAAAAAACACUUUAAAGAUUUCCACAGGAACUGGUUAGUUAUAUCAUUGAAAGCUUGUUAUUGCCCUUAAUCUAUAAACCUGGUUUUUCAAAAGCAUAAUUUAAAAUGAAGUACCCAGUAAGAAGUUACUCACCUUACAAGAGAUUUUGGUUGAACUGAAAAUAUAAGUAUUUCAUUACUGUGUGCCUGAAAAAUAGAAAGAAAACAUAUAAAAGUAAGUACUCCACAAGUAAGUUUCAGAAAUAUUAUAAAGUGUCCUUUAACUAGGAUAUAUACUUACAGCUCUGUGAUGGACAAGAAGGUUAUUGGCACAUCCACCAAAAACAAUUACUUCUCCUUCGUCACUGGCACAAGCUGUAUGCCAUAAUCUGUAUUUAAAACAAAAGCUUGAGUUUGAAGUUACCCAAACACCAAAAUGACAAUUUAUACUACAGAACAGAAUGAUGAAAUAAAGACUAGAGAUCUUUAGUACAGACCAGAAACAUGUUGAGAAGCAAUUAUCUUAAGUAGCACACGCCAGGGGAAAAAACAGUUAAUGUCUGUUUUAUCUGAUGUUAUCAUUUUAUUUCUCUGGUCCAGUCCUAAUUUAUGCAAUGAGAGGUUUGAACUGAAUGAUCUGUUCUCUAGGUCUUUGUUAGCAAUAAAAAUCUUAUGGGA